CCACCCCUCCUCCAGCGUCCUCCUGCGUAUGCAUGCAUGCCACCGACGGGCUGGUUUCAUAACGUGGGGAGGAAGGGAGGAAUGGGGCUUUGAGAGAGCGGAUGAGCGCCAGACCCGAUCGGUUCUAUGCACCAACAGUGCCUCCCCCAUUCCCGGGCCGUGCGGGCGGCGCGCUACAGGAGACGCGCCAGUGGAGGCUGCUGAUGCUGCUGUGCGAUCAGCUGUUUUUUUUGUCUUGAGCAUCAUCGCCGCGGCGGCCAGAGACACCGAGACGAGGCUCCGGAGCCAAGCGAGACACCGCAGCACCGGGCAACAGAGGAUGGAGUUCAAGCAUCUGGUGGAGGCGGCGGAGAAGUGGUGCUCCGGUAACCCGUUCGACCUCAUCUUCGCCGAGGAGGACGACGAGAGGCGGCUUGACUUUUACGCGGAGCCCGGCGUCUCCUUCUACGUGCUCUGUCCCGGCGGCACCGACAGUUUCGUAAGUGAGCUUUCUGCAGGGCCUCUGGCCUUCUCGGUGUGUGUGCGUGUAGGUGCAUCGAGGGUGGGUUGGAGGUGGGGUUGUCCUUCUUGGUCCCGGGUGAUAGACACGAGGGUGGGUGGGGGGCUUUGGGUGAAGAGUGAAGGGAUGAUGUCAUUUCAGUUUGGGUGCACACCCCCACCCGCCCACACACCCUCCACCCUGUCGAUGGUGUUUUUUUCUCCCUCCAUCAUAAUCAACUGCGACCACACAGCAAAGUCAAGCUGGCCAGGUUAUUAAAACACGAGGCCUGAGAAUUUCACAAUAAAAGCUCUGCAGAACAUAACGUUGCAUUGGGGAAACAAAGAAGCCCUCCUGUAUCCAAAUAAAGAACUUCUAAAAAGCAAAUUCUCUUUUUCUCUUAAAAUAUAAUUUUCAAUAGUUUUGAAUGUUUAGCAAAUGCCUCCUUUCUGUACAAAAAGAUCCAACUUGUUGUUGUUUUCUACAUCAAAAUCAGUAAGUAGACCAUUCUGUCCAUAGUUAAAAUAUUGACUGGCUUAUAUGUUUAGAGAGGCGGCUGCUCCGCAGACAGUAAUUCAUU